GUGGCCUGGUGGUUACAGUGCUAGUGCAGCACAAUGACCCAGGAGCCUGUCACCAGUGUCAUCACUGUGAGUUCAAACCCAGCUUCCUCUCAAGUGGUACGUGGGAAGGUCUGGCGCAACGUGUGGAGGUUUGUGGGUUUCCCCUGGGCUGUCCCCGGUUUCCUCCCACUACAGUGGCUCUAGUGACUAUGUCAGAGAAGGUAUCUGAUGUGGGGAGCAGACACGAGGCGGGAGAAGGGAAGGUGGAGAAAGACCAGCCUGUGUCCUCCUCAGACACUCAGGCAUCAGGUUCUUUGGAAGGCCUGUUGAGCGCCCUGAAGCAGCAGAUAAAGGAUUCAAACUGGUUAGAAGUGAACACCCCUGAGAGAUGGGCUCAGGAAAACCCAGAAUUAGCUGCAGAGUACAAGAAAGCUGCAGAGGAGAGGUCAACUGCAUCCUCCACUACAUGAGGGACAUGUUUGCUGAUGCAAGAGGCUUGGGGAGACACAGGCCUGGGGGAGAUACACACUGUGAAGAGAAGAGACACACACAAUCCUUGGAGCCAGACCUGGCCAAGAGCAAGAGAGGCUGUGCUCAAUUUUGGACCAGAUAUGUGAGGAUUUCAGAAGAAACUGAGUGCUUUUGUGACUUUACACAAAGUACAAGCAAUAAUCAGUGUAAGGUCAAAAUAGUGAGGCUAAGAUGGACACAACCAUUGUAUGAGACAUUGCCUUGUCAUGCCUUACUGAUGUACACACUGUCCAGUCGCUCUUAUCACCUAUGGCACUACUACCACUUGUCAAAUGCUGACAGUGACUUGUCUUCCUCGGGUGUUGCUGUUUUAAGCAGAGAAUGACUGAUAAAAGGUUCAGGUGUUUAAAUCACUGAAUAGAUGUACUUAGAAACAAAAGAGAACUACAGUUCCAUGAACUGAUUCAAAGUUUAUCACUAUUUUUUGUUGAAAACAUUGGCCGCAUUUGUCUAUUCUGAUAUAUAUCCUGUAUGCUUUGUCCAAAAAAUGUCUGAUUUACACAUUUAGGCAGUAAAAAACAAGAUAAUAUUGGCAGAAUUGGACAUGAAUUUUGGUUGAAUGACAAGCCCUGGAAAUAUCAAAACUUUAAUAUCAGGGAUUUUCCUCUGACGGACAAAUCUGAACGUUGGUGAACAACUGCUGACCAGCAUACAACUGUGUUUGCAUGUGUUUUUGUUAAUGUGUCAAGCAUAUGCAAUCAUAUUUUGAGAUUCAGGGGAAAAUUAAAUGUAAUUACCCUUGCUCUCAAAUUGUGUGUAAAUCCUUGUUGUUUUCUUGAAGUCAACUAUUUCUGUGUUAUCUAAAUCUCAAAUAAGACUACUGAUACUGAAACUGUCCCGGGUUACAGUUAACAGCGUUUUCUGCAGGAAUGGUUUGUGAGGCAGUAACGGAGAUGAAAACCAUUAGCAAAGUUGUCCCCCUUGAUGCGUACAGAACAGUGGGAAGAGUACUUUCCCCUUGGAUUUUACUUUAGGUAUGUCUGAAACCGCCUGACCAACUUUACUUCAUCAAGAAUGUCUUAAGCACAAUUGUUCAUUCCAUCAUGAAAUAUUUCAGUUGUCUUUGAAUAAUUUUGCAGCUGCUUACAUUUCAAUACACUAUUUUUAUAUGAGACAAAGAUUUUGCUAUCAAUGACAAUGCCUAAUCAAGUGUAAGGGUGGAGGAAACCAGACCUUCAUGAAAUAGGUCAAGUGUAAGGGUGGAGGAAACCAGACCCUCAUGAAAUUGGUCAGGUGUAAUGGUGGAGGAAACCAGGCUCUUACGAAAUAAGGAAAGUGUAAGGGUAAAGGGGACCAGACCCUCAUGAAAUUGGUCAGGUGUAAUGGCGGAGGAAACCAGGCUCUUACGAAAUAAGGAAAGUGUAAGGGUAAAGGGAACCAGACGCUCAUGAAAUUGGUCAGGUGUAAGGGUGGAAGAAACUGGACCUUCAUGAAGUAAUGUAAUAUUAAUGAUUGAAGAAACAAAUUCUUGGUGAAAGACCACAUGUGAAUGUAUUUGUUUUGAAAAGAAAAAAAAAUAAUAAAAUGGAUUCUCAGAUAGUCGUCUUUCCACUGAUGCUUACUUUUUUGCAAGAUCUGUUCCUUAAUGCAUGGCAUUACAAAGCCGCAAAGUCGUGAGAAUUGGGGUAACUAAUAGAGAGGAAGUUAAAUAAACAACACAAAUCACAGUUCUGUUCGCCAAAGGAAUGAGUUUUUAUUGCCUUGGACUGGGAAUCUGAAACACUGGGCCUCUCAGAGACCGUGCCGACUGGCAGCUAAGGUAACGGCACACCGAACAGGAAAGGGAAAGUGAAACAGGUCUCCAUGGCAACAGAUUUGACAAUAUUCAGCUAUAAUCUACAUCGUGUGCAGCGUGAAAGAUGGGCUAUUUUUUGUGGUAGAAUCUGAGAUUUGUACAAAAAGCAACCGUCCUGUUUGGCUUCAGCAAGACCAUAUACAAAU